CUGCGCUGCGCGGACCCGGACCCUACUCGCGGAUGCGCGCGUCUGGGCUGCGCGGGCACGUGGCCGCCGCCUGUCAAUCACGCGCAGCUGAGCUUGGAGAGGCGGGAGUGGCGGCAGCGGCGGCGGCGGUGGCGAUGGGACCCCGGUGAGAGAUCUGCGGCUAGGUCGGCUGCACUUGCUCCACGGGUCGGGAAUUGGAGGAACAGAAUUGAAGAAUGGAAUUUUAAAAGAAAAGUGAAAGAAUAAACAGACAGAGGAAGGAGAACAUUGAAGCUGGGAAGAUGACUUCUUGCAGCAACACCUGUGGGUCCAAGCAAGCCCAGGCUGACACCGAGGGUGGGUACCAGCGCUAUGGAGUUCGGUCCUACCUGCAUCAGUUUUAUGAGGACUGCACUGCCUCCAUCUGGGAGUAUGAGGAUGAUUUCCAGAUCCAGAGAUCACCUAACAGGUGGAGCUCGGUAUUCUGGAAGGUCGGACUCAUCUCAGGCACUGUCUUUGUGAUUUUCGGACUAACUGUCCUAGCAGUGGGCUUUCUUGUGCCCCCCAAAAUUGAAGCUUUUGGUGAAGCUGAUUUCAUGGUGGUCGACACACACGCUGUGCAGUUCAAUGGCGCCCUGGACACGUGCAAGCUAGCAGGGGCGGUGCUUUUCUGCAUUGGUGGUACAUCCAUGGCAGGGUGCCUGCUGAUGUCCGUAUUUGCCAAGAGCUAUUCCAAAGAAGAAAAGUUUCUUCAACAGAAGUUUAAAGAGCGAAUCGCAGACAUCAAAGCCCAUGCCCAGCCUGUCACUAAAGCUCCAGGCCCAGGAAACACCAAGAUCCCAGUCACUUUGUCCAGAGUUCAGAAUGUGCAGCCUUUAUCAGCCACUUGAAACAUUUGCCACCUCAGGCCUCCCCUCUCUGAUUCACAUGCAUCGUCAUCAAACAAAACAAAACAAAACAAAACAAAACAAAAGGUAGACAG